GGUGGCGCGGGCGCGCGGCCGAACGCUAGCGCCAGGGGGCGGGGUGGGGGAGGGGGGCUAGCCCUCUGAGAGCCGGGUUGGGCUCGCGGUGCCACGAUUGGUCGCUCCUGACUCCGCCUCCAGCGCAUCUCAUUAGCAUCUCAUUAGCUGUCCGCUCGGGCUCGGGAGGCAGCCACCGCCGCCAGUCUGAGGCAGGUGCCCGACAUGGCGAGUGCUGUGCUGCCGAGCGGAUCCCAGUGUGCGGCGGCAGCGGCUGUGGCGGCGGCGGCGGCGCCUCCAGGGCUCCGGCUCCGGCUCCUGCUGUUGCUCCUUUCGGCCGCGGCACUGAUCCCCACAGGUGAUGGACAGAAUCUGUUUACUAAAGACGUGACAGUGAUUGAAGGAGAAGUUGCAACCAUCAGCUGCCAAGUCAAUAAAAGUGACGACUCUGUGAUUCAGCUCCUGAACCCCAACAGGCAGACCAUUUACUUCAGGGACUUCAGGCCUUUGAAGGACAGCAGGUUUCAGCUGCUGAAUUUUUCUAGCAGUGAACUCAAAGUGUCACUGACAAAUGUCUCAAUUUCGGAUGAAGGGAGAUACUUCUGCCAGCUCUACACGGACCCCCCUCAGGAAAGCUACACCACCAUCACAGUCCUGGUCCCUCCACGUAACUUGAUGAUCGAUAUCCAGAAAGACACGGCAGUUGAAGGGGAGGAGAUUGAAGUCAACUGUACUGCCAUGGCCAGCAAGCCAGCAACGACCAUCAGGUGGUUCAAAGGGAACAAGGAACUCAAAGGCAAAUCAGAGGUGGAAGAGUGGUCGGACAUGUACACUGUGACCAGUCAGCUGAUGCUGAAGGUGCACAAGGAGGAUGAUGGGGUCCCGGUGAUCUGCCAGGUAGAGCACCCUGCAGUCACUGGAAACCUGCAGACCCAGCGCUAUCUAGAAGUGCAGUAUAAACCGCAAGUGCAUAUCCAGAUGACUUACCCUCUACAAGGCUUAACCCGGGAAGGGGAUGCGUUUGAGUUAACGUGUGAAGCCAUCGGGAAGCCCCAGCCUGUGAUGGUAACUUGGGUGAGAGUCGAUGAUGAAAUGCCUCAGCAUGCCGUACUGUCUGGGCCAAACCUGUUCAUCAAUAACCUAAACAAAACAGAUAACGGUACUUACCGCUGUGAGGCUUCCAACAUAGUGGGAAAGGCUCAUUCGGACUAUAUGCUGUAUGUAUACGAUCCCCCCACAACUAUCCCUCCUCCCACAACAACCACCACCACUACCACCACCACCACCACCACCAUCCUUACCAUCAUCACAGACACCACGGCGACGACAGAACCAGCAGUACACGGCCUUACUCAGUUGCCCAAUUCCGCAGAAGAACUGGACAGUGAGGAUCUCUCAGAUUCUCGAGCAGGUGAAGAGGGGACCAUUGGGGCAGUGGACCACGCAGUGAUUGGCGGCGUCGUGGCCGUGGUGGUGUUUGCCAUGCUAUGCUUGCUCAUCAUUCUGGGCCGCUAUUUUGCCAGACAUAAAGGUACAUACUUCACUCAUGAAGCCAAAGGAGCCGAUGACGCAGCAGACGCAGACACAGCUAUAAUCAAUGCAGAAGGAGGACAGAACAACUCUGAAGAAAAGAAAGAGUACUUCAUCUAGAUCAGCCUUUUUGUUCCAAUGAGGUGUCCAACUGGCCUGUUUAGAUGAUAAAGAGACAGUGAUACUGGAACUUGCGAGAAGCUCGUGUGGUUUUUUGGUUUUUGGUUUUUGUUUUUUUUGUUUUUUGGUUUUUUUUUUUAUGAGUGGGUGGAGAGAUGCGAGACUGGGAAGGCUUGGGAUUUGCAAUGUACAAACAAAAACAAAGAAUGUUCUUUGAAAGUACACUCUGCUGUUUGACACCUCUUUUUAAUCUGGUUUUAAUUUGGUUUGGGUUUUGGUUUUUUUCAUUUCUAUUUCUUCCUACCAAGUCAAACUUGGUUACUUGGAUUUGGUUUCGGUAGAUUGCAGAAAAUUCUGUGCCUUGUUUUUCAUUCGUUUGUUGUGUUUCUUCCCUCUUGCCCUUUUUAUGCAUUUAUUUUUCCUAAAAUCAAGUUUGUUUUUCUCCCCCUCCCAAACCUCCCAAUUUUUGGAAUUGACCUGCUGGGAUUCCUAAGGCUUUCCCCAUCGCCAGUUUCUUCUGUUUGUGUUAACAGUGACUGCUUUCUGUUCCAAAUUCAGUUUCAUAAAAGGAAAACCAGCACAGUUUAGAUUUCAUAGUUCAGAAUUUAGUGUCUCCAUGAUGCAUCCUUCUCUGUUGUCGUAAAGAUUUGGGUGAAGAAAAAAAAAGAAAAAAAAGAAAAAAAAAAGAAAACACUGAAAACUCUUUGCUGCUGCCCAUGUCUUAAAUACGUAGAGCAGCGAAGACUAGAAAUGUAGACUGUGACCCAGACGCUGUCGUCUGCUGUGGAUCUUCAUUACUGUACAGGGUUAUCUGCAAGUGAGGUGUGUCGCAAUGAGAUUGAAUCUGUCGUUAAUUCUUUAUCUGUAGGCGGCUCAGUAUAGAUUACCCCACGCUGUGCAGAAAGUUUUUGGAGUGGAAAGGUCUCCUCCUUCCUCAUUGCCCUAAACAGACCCGACAGGUGAGGUCUGUCCGUUUUAUGUAAGUGGACAAAUUUGAGAUGCCACAGGAGGGGAAGCAGGGAGGGGGUAUGACGUUCUGCUCUGGUUAUUUCUACUCUCAACAAUUUCCAUCCACCUUUCCCAAUUGGCCUUACUGCUCGCUAAUGCAGGAGAGAGCAAGUCCGUGUGCUGUGUGACUGACUGGAGGGGACAGGUUUUGUUUAGGUUUUUUUUACCCUUACUUUUGUUUUGGUUUUGGGUUUUUUUCCCCCCUUUGUGCUUAUUAAGGACAGCAGUGGGCUGUGUCCUGUAUGUACUGUAUGUUACAGACACCAUCCUGCUGGGACACUUGUCCUGCUGGGAGUUCCAGCUCCAAUCCCUGCUCCACUCUCCUUCCUUCAGAUUUGGCUUGACAAAGGCAGGAGGUACAAAAGAAGGGCCAGUAUUGUUCUGGAAAGGUCAGAGCCAGCCGAGGUGGGAAAGCUGCAUGGACAGAUUUCCAGUUACUUAAUCAAAACUCAGAAUGGGAGUGUUUCUAUCUUCCGUGCACUAGGCCUGGCCUCUGUCCUCAGCCUUAAGAACCAUCUGCCAAAAAUUCCUCAUCUCGUAUGAUGGUAGUCAGAGCGCACAGCUACUAAAAUAAGUUUCUGUGAACAUAUCUUACACCGGAGCCUGGGGGAAGGUAGAGGAGCGGAGGAACCUUUUGCAUUCUCUAAAGCUAAGUGGGGGUUUGCAGAAGUACUGAGGAUAUCCAGCAGGAGUUCUGAAGGACAGGACCUAAACUCUUACCACAUGUGUCGGUAAUCUCCAGACUCCAAAACAGUCCCUCUGGAAAGACAGCAUCAGAAAAGAUAGGUCUAUCUAUAUAUAUAAAUAUAUAAAUAUAUAUUAUAUAACAUUUUCAGUCAGUACUUUUGCAUUUUGCAAGGUGCAUUUUUACUAUUGUUACAUUAUGUGGAAAACUUACGCUGAUUUAUUUAAGGGGAAAAAAGUGUUGACUCUGUUAUUUGAAAGCAUAUUUCUUUUUCUUGUCUUUAUUUUAAUUUCUGAUAGAACCACUGCAAUAUGGGGGCCUUUUGGGAAUGGACUGGUGUGUAAAGGAAAAUUCAUUACGGAGCAGUGUUUUGUUAACCCCUCUCCUGCCCCUAGACACUUAACCAAGACAAAAAAGCCACAAGGAACAUCCCUUUUUCAAGAAUUUUAUAAUGUACAUCUAUUCCGAGCCCUUAGCACCCAUCCUGACCAUAGUGACCAUAUCCAAGGGUGACAACCAGUUAGCAUGUUGUUGAAAGGGUUUUUCAGCUGUUCUUUUUAGAAAAAAAAAUAUAUAAAAAUAUAUAAAAAAAAAACAAAAAAAAACAAACACAAAAAAAACUACCAUUGUUCACAGAAUUGGCAUCUCAUUUUCGGGACCGCCCAUCUUUCUGUUUUGACAAGUGUACAGUAGUGCAGUGUUCUGAUGUAACUUUAUGGCUUACAAUGUUGACAUGUCUCAGGUUCCUGUGUUUCGAUUGGUGUUUUUCCGUCUCAGGUAGAUUGCAAAGUGUAGGCCCCACACAUUGGAAAAAUAAUAAUAAUAAUAAAUAAUAAUAAUAAUAAUAAAACAAAGCAAAAACAGGAAAUUAUGGAUUUUAGUUGUAUAUUGGUUUAUGUAUUUUUCUUAAGUAUACAGUGCACUGUUUGAAAUGUAUUGUUGAGUAUUACUUUGUACAGGUUGAUCACUUUUUUUAGAGUGAAGAAAGAACAAACUUGGUUUUUUUUGUGUUUUUUUUAAAGGAGUAUAAAAUAAUGAAGGAUGUAUAAUUGAUGCCAAAUAAGCUUGUUCUUUAGUCACGAUGACGUCUUGUUUUUCCCUCUAGGCCAGUUCUGUUUCUAAGGUGUACAAGGACCAUGUUACAGUGUAAGAAACUCCACAUCCGUGUGUUCCCAUUCGCAUUUUGUAUUGGUUCAUGUAUACCAUUUUUACAAAAAGAAAAAAGAAAAAAAAAGAAGUACUAUAAAAUAUCUGUCUUCUUAAUAAAAAAAUUAAUGUUACAAGUGA